UAUCUCCUUCUGUGUGCAGGAUUUAACUGGAUGGUUGGAGUCACGAAGAUCAUUGCAGAAGCCACCCAGAUGAAGAAUGAAUCCAAGAUGCCUCCGCUGAUCGAGUUCUUUGGCCCAGAAGUCUUGAAGGCCGUGGUUGAAGCUCCGUCUCCGAGGUUUCUGGGAACUCACCUUCAUCCAGACAUCAUGCCGUCCUCCUUCAGCGAGAAGAAAACAAAGACGGUGGUGGUCUUCAGGAACCCAAAGGACACUUUGGUUUCCUACUAUCAUUUCUGCAACAACAACCCGGUUCUGCCGUCUGUGGAGUCCUGGGAUUCUUUCUUCUCCCAGUUCAUGAAAGGAGACGUUGCCUGGGGCUCGUACUUUGACCACGCCUUGGCCUGGAACCAGAGGAUGGACGACCCCAACGUCUUGGUGGUGACCUAUGAGGACCUGAAGCAGGAUCUCGGCGCAGGGAUCCGGCGGAUCUCCGGCUUCGUCGGCUUCAGCCUGACGGAGGCUCAGGUGCGGCAGGUGGCAGCGGCCAGCACCUUUAACGCCAUGAAGGAGAGUUCAGCCAACUCCCACGGCAACAUGGGAAACGUCAUCUUCAGGAAAGGUGAGGUUGGAGACUGGAGGAACCAUUUCAGUCCAGAACAGAGCCGAGAAAUGGACGAAGCUUUCAACAAACACCUGGCAGGAACAAAACUGGGAGCAAAGCUGGACUACCAGCGUCACUGUCAGUAGGAAACAGAGACGGGAAGAAGAAGAACAAGAA